AAAAAAAAAAUGGAAAAGACUGAAAACAAAGUGCAGUAGUACAUGGGAUGGGACAAUCUUUUCCAUUUCAGUUUAGUCCAACAGAGCCAGCGGUGGCUGUGUAAGUACUGAAGUUGCCUCGCGACCGGAAAGCUUGAUUAUGCACUUGGGUUUUCUAUGAAAAAGCUUAAAUUUUGGUGAAUAAAAGUUGAUAAUCGCAGCUUUUUCGUUCGUGGGUUUUGGUUAUUGGUCGGAGGGGAUGGCUUCUUCAAUGGUCAGUGGAGUUGAAAAGCUCAUAAGGGUUGCGCCAGCUGGCUUGGGUUUCAGUGGGUCAGAUUUACACGGGAAGCAUUUUCCCAAGCUGGGCUUAGUAUCUUGUGCUGGAAAUGGGGUAAAUAUCAGGGCCAGAAGCAAAAUCCCUGUUUUGAGAUGCAGCCUUGCGGAAUCUAGGCCGCCUUCACAACCCAGAUUCAUUCAGCACAAGAAAGAGGCAUAUUGGUUUUACAGGUUUCUGUCUAUUGUUUAUGACCAUGUGAUAAACCCUGGGCACUGGACUGAAGACAUGCGAGACGAGGCACUUGAGCCAGCUGAGCUCACCAGCAGGAAUAUGAUAGUGGUAGACGUUGGUGGAGGAACAGGGUUUACUACUUUAGGAAUAGUCAAGCAUGUGGAUGCUAAGAAUGUUACCAUUCUUGAUCAGUCCCCUCAUCAGCUUGCCAAGGCUAAGCAGAAGGAGCCCCUGAAAGAUUGCAAAAUUAUUGAGGGCGAUGCAGAGGACCUUCCCUUUAGAACUGAUUAUGCUGACAGAUAUAUCUCUGCUGGCAGUAUCGAGUACUGGCCAGACCCACAGCGUGGUAUCAGGGAAGCAUAUAGAGUCUUGAAACUUGGAGGCAAGGCUUGCAUAAUUGGUCCAGUACAUCCAACAUUCUGGUUGUCUCGAUUUUUUGCAGAUAUGUGGAUGCUUUUCCCAAAGGAGGAAGAGUACAUCGAAUGGUUUCAAAAGGCUGGAUUUAAGGAUGUUAAACUGAAGAGGAUUGGCCCAAAAUGGUAUCGUGGUGUUAGACGACAUGGUCUCAUCAUGGGAUGUUCUGUAACAGGUGUAAAACCUGCAUCUGGUGACUCACCUCUGCAGAUUGGUCCAAAAACCGAGGAUGUAUCAAAACCUGCAAAUCCCCUGGUCUUUCUCCUACGCUUCGUGCUUGGUGCUAUGGCAGCUACCUACUUUGUCUUGGUUCCUAUUUACAUGUGGCUGAAAGAUCAAAUUGUUCCCAAAGGUCAACCAAUAUAAGGAAGGGGACCUUUUUACCUGGUUUUCUUGCUAGGGAUAUGCUUCUCGUAAUAGCUACUAGGAGUUUGCGGACAUCUUUAAUUCGUAGUAAUGAUGAUGAUGUAAUCCCUCAAGGCUUCUCCAAUAUACAAGCCAUGCUUGUUCACAUGCGAGGGAUAUAAGAGCUACUAGGGGUUUGCGGACAUAUUCGUAGUGAUGAUGACGAUAUAAUACCUCAAGGCUUGCUUCUCCAAUAUACAAGCCAUGCCUGUUCACACAAGAAAGAUAGGCAGCUUCUGAAUCCCAGUUGCAGUGAACGCUUUUCCUCGUAUCCAUGAGUUAGAGCAACUAUCUUCAUUUUUAUGACACGGAAUCCAGUAAUCCUUCUGUAGUUCUUGGAGUAUUUGUCGAAUAUCUAGUUGAUUUUGCAUAUGAUUUUUCAGGUUUCUCUCCUU